AUGAGUUUUGUAGACGAGGACAAUGGUAGUGCUGAAAUGGAGGAGAAUCCAGAUCCAGAAGAGGACUCGGGUUUGCCACAAAGGUAUCAGUUAGAUGGAGAAGCAUCAGAAGAAGAAAAUGCAGAGGAAGACCUUGGGAUGGUACAGGUGACUGCCAGUAAUGAUUCUCAGAAUAUACCAAAUAAUGAAGAUGGUAAUGUGGGUGGACUUUCAGAAAAUGCUGUCAAUAUAGAAUCCUCUACAGUGAAUACAGUUGACUGGAACACAGAAAACAUUGUUGUAUCAGAUUUAGGUGGGUCAAGAGAGGGAAACGCAGAACAAGAAAACAAUGUUGCGUCAAAUUUAGGAGGCUCAAAAGAGGGAAUCACAGAUCAAGAAAACAGUAUUAUGUUAGAUUCAGGAGACUCAAAAGAGGAAACCCUAGAGCAAGAAAACAGUGUUGUGUCAAAUUCGGGAGGCUCAAAAGAGGGAAUCCCAGAGCAAGAAAACAGUGUUGUGUUAGAUUCAGGAGACUCAAAAGAGGAAACCCUAGAGCAAGAAAACAGUGUUAUGUUAGAUUCAGGAGACUCAAAAGAGGAAACCCUAGAGCAAGAAAACAGUGUUGUGUCAAAUUCGGGAGGCUCAAAAGAGGGAAUCCCAGAGCAAGAAAACAGUGUUGUGUCAAAUUCGGGAGGCUCAAAAGAGGGAAUCCCAGAGCAAGAAAACAGUGUUAUGUUAGAUUCAGGAGACUCAAAAGAGAGAAGCCCAGAGCAAGAAAACAGUGUUGUUUCAGAUUCAGGAGGCUCAAAAGAGAGAAUCCCAGAGCAAGAAAACAGUGUUGUGUCAGAUUCAGAAGGCUCAAAUGUGGAAAACCCAGAGCAAAACUACAUUACUGUGGCUCAGACAGAUGCAAAUGAACACUUCUUAAAAGAAUGUGAAAACACAUUAAUAGCUGACUGUGACAGUGAUUUGAGAUGUAAGAUGAGGAAGGCUGUUGAGACAAAAUUAUUUCAUGAUCCUGUACCCAGUCAGAAUCAGAGCAAUGCUUUGCAGACUGAAAAUGAAAUUUCAAAGUCACAAGAAUCUGACAGUGAGUCAGAUUUGAAAGACAUAUCCACAGAGAGUUUUGUAAAUAAUCCUGAAAAUACAUUUACUGACAAUGAUGGUGCUCAACUUUCUGAAACAAUGGAUACUUUAUCUAAAGGUGUAGAUAGAAAUGUAAGCCCAAAGGACAGGUUGGAUUUCUGUACUGGCCAGGGUGCCUUAGUUGAAAUCCCACAGCAGAACUCAUCUUCAAUAAACCCUGAUGAAUUAUUUCAGGUGGUAGAGGCAGAUCUGUCUGCUGCAAAUACUGAAAGCAUUCCAUGUGCCAUGAAUAGUGUUAUGGACAGGCAUGAAAAUGUUGCCUCUGAUACACAGAACCUAGAGUGUAGUGAACAGUCCAUUACUGAUAAAGUCAUUCCCAAUAGCACUUUGACUGAAACAGAUGAGUUUGUAGCAGAUGAGAAAACCAGCCUUGUCUUGCCAGAUAACUCCUUAGGUUUUCCAGAAGUAACAGCAGAAAGCAUUCAUAAUACUGCUCAAGAAUUUGUUUUGGAAGAGUCUGUUGUAACUAGAGAUGGCUGUGUAGGAUUAUCUUCCCCUGUGAAAGCUUGGGUGAGCGCUAACAUUGAACAUACUUCUGUUGGUGAGCACCAGAAUUUGUCUGUAUUAACACAUACUGAACAUAGCCAGACUGCUAGAUCACAAAAUUUGCAAGCAAACUCUAAUUCCUCUCUUGGGGAAAGCUGUUUACAUAAUAAGCCUACAGACAUUAUCCUUCAGCAUAACAUUACUUCUGGUGAUUGUCCAAACUACACUCAUUUGACCCAGACAGAAAGUCAACACAGUCAACAAAAUGGGCAUCUGCAAAGUGAUCCACCAUCUCCUUAUGAUAAAGGCAACAGCCAUACCCACAUUUUUGACCACAGCUCACUGGACUAUUCUUCUGAUUCAUCCAAUUCUUCUCAAGGUGUGUUAUCAUACAAUGCUGCAUUUCAUCUUGAGGACUUCAAAAGUAGCCAGAGACAUGUUUUUGAGUCUAGUUCUGAAGGUUCCUCCCCAGCUUCUUCUCAGAAAGCAUCUCCUGCUAAAGCUGGUUUGUGUGCUUUGACGACGAAGUUCAGCCAGGGAAGAAAAGAGCAGACUUCAAACAUACAGUCUGGUUUAGAUGAUGAACUGUUACUUGAUUUUGAUGCAGAGUUUCAGCAUUAUAUUUCAAAAAUUGGUUCAUCACAAAAGACAUCCCCAGGCAAAGCAUCACACUUGUCAGACAGCAGAAUAUCUGGAAACUAUAGAAAUGGGCUGCAGUCAGCUUUUGAUGUCAAUCAGAUUCAGAUGUACAACAAAGAACUGCUAGAGCAGUUACAGAUUCGUGAUAAAGAAAUUGCCAAAUUAACUUCCAAGCUAAGCUCACUGGGAGAAAUUAAGGCUGAAGUCCGUUCCCUGGGAGAAGAUUACCAGUUAUCACCCAGCCACCAGGCAGAUGAUUUGUACAUACCACAGAUUAAAGACACUUCAGCUAAAAGAGCCAUCACAACAUUACAGCAUGAGCUCAAGUCCCGAGUUGAACAGGUAACCAAGCUGUACGAGGAGUGCAGGAAGGAAAAAGACAUGAUUGUGGUCAGGUUUGCUGAAUCAGAAGCCAAACACAUAGAUGCCAGGCGAAUUGUGGAGAAAAGCGAAGCCAAAGUCAAGGAGGCUAUGAAAGAAAGGGAUUUGAUGAUGAAUGCAUUAAAAGCGGCAAAGGCAGAUAAACAAAAGGCACUUACAAAUUUUGAAAUGAAGUGCAUAGAAGUUAGUAAUGUGCUAAAAGAAGUUGAGAAACUGAAAGAAGCUGUGAACUCAAGUGAUCAUCGCGUCAAAUGGUUCCAGAACAAGCUAAAGGAAGAACUUGAAAGUCAUAAGGAAACCAAAAGCAAUUUAGAGAAAAUAACUGCUAAACUAAAAGAAGCACGAGAAGAAACGGAGUUGAUUCGUAAGGAGUGCCAGGCCAUUGUGAAAAGAUAUCAGGAAUCAGAUGAAUUCAAGUCAAACAGUUUGGACAAGGAGUUAAAGUUGAAAGAAACUGAACUUAAAACCCAAAUACAGGAACUAAGUGAUACAGAAGAGGUCCAUCAGAUGCUGAAGAGAGAACUAGAUUCUCUGAAAGCACAACAUAAAGAUGUAAUAGAGGAGAACAAAAUCUACAAAGAUAAGGUGACCUGCCUAGAAGAGGAACGCAGACAGAACCAUCAGAUGAUCGAGAACUAUCAGGAGAUUAUGCAGAGGCAGAAAACAAAUAUUGCGGAGUUGAAUAUCAAAAUAGCAUCACUCUCAGUGUUAGACGAAGAAUACCAGCGUUCCCAGGACAUCAUCCAAGCUCUUCAGAAGGAUAUUGCUGAACUUCAGAUGACUAACCAGGAUCUCCAGAAGGACAUGGAGUCAUGCAGUGAGCGAGAGUCCAAAAUGCUGACACUCCAGUCAGAACUCAGCCACACAAGUGCUCUCUUAAGAUCAGAAAACACCAGCCUCAGCAAUAAGAUAUUGUCUUUAACAAGUGAGGUAGAAAAGCAUAAAAUGGAAAUUCAGACAUUGGAAGCAAGUGUCAGAAACUUG